AUGGAUAUACCUGGCCCAUCAGCGGCUGCGGUUAUUGCAACCGAGUUCACCCUAAUUGGGAUCGCGGCCGCCAUGAUAGGCGCUAGAAUCUACUUGCGCCUGGUCAUUCAAGACCUUCCACUCAACGCGAGUGACAUUCUUGUGUGUGCUGCAUGGACUACUUCUGUGAUAUCUGCUUCCUUCGACAUUGUGUUUCACAAACUCGGGGUGCUGCGUCCGUAUGUCUCUUACACCCUAGAGGGCUAUCAAGGCACCCCCGAGGAGAUCGAGUUUAUUUGGAAGUUGCAAUGGGGCGGACAGUUCCCCUUCUUCACAGCGUUCUACCUGUGCAAAGCGACGCUAUUGACACUAUACGCUCAUUUUUUCCCCGUUUUCAUGCAGACGCGGCGAAAGAUCUUAUGGGGAACGAUGGCGUUCUGUGGCUGCGCAUACCUCGCCACCAUACUCACAAUGUUGACAAUUUGCAGACCGAUAGAGGGAAACUGGUCCUCCGAUCCCGCAGUUGCAUGUUCUCCGAUAGUAUUCGCCCAGGUGUUCUAUGUCGGAUGGGCUCUGAACUUUGCUGGGGAUCUCAUGAUAUUUUGUCUCCCGUUUCUUGUGUUAUACUGGCUGCAACUGAAGCGGAGCGUCAAAAUCAGCGUUUACUGUGUUUUCCUCCUGGGAGUCAUUAACUUGGCCUUCUCUUUGACACGGUUUCUGCAAAUCCAGUUGGCAGUGGGACCGUCAUCUUUCCGAUCUUUUACACUCAUCGAGUUGUGGAGCGUCCUUGACCUGCAAACCGGUCUGAUCAUUGCCUGCAUACCACCACUGCGGCCAUAUCUAUCGCAUACGUGGACGAUGUGGCCCUUUCGUCUUGCGAAUAGGACCCCCAAAGAGCCUGGGAACCGUUCGGAACUCUCCGAGGCUCCUCAACAUCACGACCGGUCAAGACUUCGACGUGAGAAACCCAGAAACAUGGGCACGGCUGACAAUUUGUAUAAUUCGGGGGGCCGAAGUGUGGGCGAAAGUUACUGGGACGUUGGAUCAUCUCCCGUAGCAAGUCCUAAGUCGCGGGGAUCGGGAGCCAGGGUUGGUUAA